GCGUUGUUCGGGGCGGCAGUUCUACGGGAUCGUCUUGUUUUAACUGGGUUAACUGGUAUUCUAAGGGCCUGACUGACCAGCAGGGAACUGCUUUGGGACACAUCGCCGAUAUGGUCGGCUCCGUCUGGCUGAUGGAGGCGGACAGGAAGAGAGAUGUCAACAUGACGUCUGGGCUGUUUUGAAAAAAACACGCCGUGGUGUCUGUGCGCGUCUCUGUUGAGCACCUUCUCCACUCACCCGUAAACAUUGCCUUUCGUGUCGCCUGUACGUCCACGCGUACGUUUUUGAUGUGAAUACAGCAUUUUGGAGCUAUGAACGGGAGUUCAAACCCUCUGCUGGAUAAGGAGGAACAUGUUUUGAAGCUUGGGGAGAGCUUUGAAAAGCGGCCGAAAUCGUCUUUUCACACCAUCAGAUAUGACUUCAAACCUGCUUCCAUUGACACCACAUGUGAGGGUGAACUGCAGGUGGGGAAAGGAGAUGAGGUCACCAUCACUUUGCCUCAUAUUCCUGGCUCGACACCCCCAAUGACCGUUUUCAAAGGGAACAAGCGGCCUUACCAGAAAGACUGUGUCCUCAUCAUUAAUCACGACACCGGGGAGUUUAUGCUGGAGAAGCUUAGCAGCAGCAUACAAGUGAAAAAAACCAGAGCUGAAGGCAGUAGUAAAAUCCAGGCUCGCAUAGAACAGCAGUCAGUCAGGGUGCCUCAGCCCCCGUCCCAGUUCAGAGCCCCCACCAAACCAGGAGCUGGUGCUAAGACAUCCCCCACCAAGGACAAUCCCUCGCCGGAGCCCCAGCUGGAUGAUAUAAAGAGAGAGCUGAGAGCAGAGGUGGAGAUCAUCGAGCAGAUGAGCAGCAGCAGCAGCGGGAGUGGCUCCUCUGAGUCCAGCAGCUCCUCGGGGAGCGGCGAUGACAGCUCCAGCAGCGAGGAGGAGCAGGAGACGCCACACACGCACCCGUCUCCCAACCGCAAUGCCGUCGCCAACGGCACCGCCAGGCCGCAAGGCAGCAACCAGCUGAUGAGCACGCUCCGAAAUGACCUCCAGCUGAGCGAAUCAGGAAGCGACAGCGAUGAUGACUGAGUGACCCCCGGCCGGCCCGAAUGGCAAGCCCAUAGCCCCCCCCAGACUGGCAGCCUUGCUUUCCCAGAUUUUAAAUAUGCCAAACGCUACUUUUGAGGUGUUUUAGAGUGUAUUUUCUUAGCUGGUCAUUUUCUUUUAUAUAUCUGAGUUUAAAUCCUUCGACAUAUGAGAAUGUGGGGGACAUAUAUUAGAAAAUCAAAUCAAAAUUGUUUAAUUUAGUACGACAUAUUGUAUCAGCUUCUCUUAUUUUUGCUACCAUUAUUGCUACUCUUUCUAAUAUUAUUAUAUUUUAAUUAACAUUGUUUAUUAGAAAAAAUCUGACUCCAUCAUCGUGCAGUUCUAAUGAAACCAGUUAGUCCUUUUCCCCUUUCCCUUAUUUUCAAUCUCAUUAUUCUUUUCACAGAUGUUUGAUUUACUCAGCCUGGUGAUAUCAUAUGUAUUUUAAAAGUCACAUCGACAUUUUUUCAUUGCUUUUUUCCGUAAGUGCUACCGUACCUAGAAAGUGUUUAGGACAUAAAAGUUCUAGAACUUCAUUUGGGCUCUGUCACUGGUCCGCUGUACCGGCCCAUCCUCUGUUGCCACGGAAACUCUUGCGCACACACACACACACACAUGCACACACUCCCCACUCCCAAAUAACCUACCGUAUCCAUUUUGCCGGUCAAACACUAGCAUCAAGCUAUACGACCAAGUUAGUAAAGUCAAAUGCUUCAGUUGAACUGUUUUAAGUAACAUUUAAAUUACAUUUCAAGUAACUUGAAUAUAAUCAAGAUGAACUGCCACUGUGACUUCCCCGAAGCGUGUAUCUAUUCUGUCAUUUGUGUAUCAGCAUAACACUGUUACCACUAUAUUUGCUCUGUAUAACAGAAGCGGUAUAUUUAUUUGACGAGGUAUUGGAGUCAUCAGACUGACAAGUUAUAUGGUGUUUUAGUGUGUGAUUAAUACCACAGUCCUGUCCUCCCAAUGUACAUAUCUACAAAAAAUGAUCUAAAUAUGCUAUUGCAGUACAGGGCAUUUUAAGUGUUACAGCUGUCGUUUUGGGCUAAUUUACUUUCUUCCCCCAUAAUUUACAGUGUAGCAUAUCUGAAGCCUAUAACUCCUAUACCGCAAAACCCGCAUCACCAUAUGUACUAGAGUCUGUCGCUUCCUCAAAGGUUUAUUUUGGAUGUUUUUGUGUUUCCCGCGUUUGAAAUGUAUUAAAGCUACGAUAAGUCCGUGA